AAAAAAAUAUUUCUUCUUGCUCCAACCAUGUUCUCUUCAUCUAGAAACAUUAUCAAACAACAACUCAAGACCAAUGUCUUGGUGAGUGGUUCUAAAAUGAUGAACACUAACCAAGUUAGAUUUGCUGCUAAGGAAAAGUUCGACAGAAGCAAGCCACACAUCAACAUUGGUACUAUCGGUCACGUUGACCACGGUAAAACCACACUCACUGCUGCUAUUACUAAAUAUUUGAAUGAAUUGGAUCCAAAGGCUAACAGCUUUUUGGCCUACGAUCAAAUUGAUAAAGCUCCAGAAGAAAAACAAAGAGGUAUUACCAUUUCUACUUCACACAUUGAAUAUGCUACCGCUACUAGACAUUAUGCCCACAUUGACUGUCCUGGACACGCUGACUACAUUAAAAACAUGAUUACUGGUGCUGCUCAAAUGGACGGUUCCAUCCUUGUCAUUUCCGCUGACGAUGGUCCUAUGCUCCAAACUAGAGAACAUUUGUUGUUGUGUAAACAAGUCGGUAUCAAGCAUAUUGUCGUCUUUUUGAACAAGGUCGACUUGGUUCCUGAUGCUGAAAUGAUUGAAAUGGUUGAAGAAGAAAUUAGAGAUACUGUUAAACAAUACGGAUUUGAUGGUGAUAACAUUAGUAUUAUCAGAGGUUCUGCAUUGAAGGGUUUGGAAGGAGACAGCUCUGAAAUCGGUACUCAAGCAAUUCAAAAGUUGAUGGAUGCUGUUGAUAAGGAUAUUCCAGAACCAGAAAGAGAUAUUAACAAGCCAUUCUUGAUGCCUGUUGAAGGUGUUUUCACUAUCUCAGGUAGAGGUACUGUUGCCACUGGUAAGGUCGAUCAAGGUCAACUCAAAUUAGGUGCUGAAGUUGAAGUUGUUGGUUUUGCUCCAACUGCUCUCAAGUCAUCUGUUACUGGUAUUGAAAUGUUCCACAAGUUGGUUGAUAGAGGUCAAGCUGGUGACAAUUUGGGUAUCUUGUUGAGAGGUAUUGAUAAGAAGCAAAUUAAGAGAGGUCAAGUUAUCUGUAAGCCUGGUUUGUUGAAGCCACGUCAAAAGUUCGAUGCUGACAUUUACGUUUUGACUGCUGAAGAAGGUGGUAGACGUACUGCUUUCGUUGAUGGUUUCUCACCACAAUUCUUCUUCAGAACUGCCGACGUUACUGGUAAGAUGAAGAUCUACCCAGAAGAAGGUAAGGAUAUCGCUGAAGGUGAAAAGUGUAUGGCUAUGCCAGGUGACAAGAAGAAGAUCAACGUUUCUUUGAUUAACCACGUUGCUAUUAUUGAAGGUUUGAGCUUUGCUGUCAGAGAAGGCGGUCUCACCAUUGGUGCCGGUAUCGUCACUAAGGUCUAUGAAGAUCAACAACCAAACAAGAAGUAAAUAAAUAAUUAAAAAAUUUAAUAAAUAUUAAGGCUAACUGUUAAAAAUUCUAAA